CAAAGCCCUGGAACAUCUGAAUCCUCCAUUAUUUUCUCAGAUUAUACAUACCCGAAGUGAAGCAAAGACGCAAACCGGCACAGAGAUUCCUAGAGCUAACGGCUGUGGUCGAUUUUCUGGAGAGGAAAAGUGGAAAACAUGUACGUGACAAGGCCUCUUUCGAUGUACAUAAAGUCUCCAGACGCUCUCUCGCUGCCUCCACCAGAGGGUCCCAGCUCUGGGAUUUUGGUCAUCCUCGAUGAAGAAGCCGAGCCUACACGUUGUUUCGGACUGUGCAAGACUGGUUACAUCAAGGACCUUCCUUUUCCUCAGAACAAGAGUCUAGAGCAUCGAUACACAACUGGCAUCGGAUUCGAGAGAGACUUUCAUUUCCAGAAAGUUGUCUUCAUUCCAGUCCUUGAUCAGCCUCUGUCUUCCAAUCGCUACUACGCUAUUCAACCCUACGGGAAGAAUAGAGGGGAAGCAUACACAAAUUCUGAGGAGGAGGAAAUGCCCACCUGCUGUUUCGGCGGAUACCUCUGCGAUGUAACACCACGACCUUUGGAUCCCACUAACUUGAAUCAACAAUUUAUGAUCUGUCGUAAAGGAGGAAUCGUUAAUAAUUGGCGUGGUUUUGUUGCUAAAUCUUUAGCUCCAGAUGGAUUUCCUCCAUUCUUUUUGGGAGUAAAAGGGUGGAAAGUUUGUGCCGAGGCCUCCCCUGAAUUCGAGUUAGGAGAAGCACAAGGCCUGGACACUACCCUCCGUGCCCGCUUACCAGAAUUCAACUUUUCAUUAUCGAAUACGAGCUCCAAUCCUGUGGUUGUGGGAAAAUGGUAUUGUCCCUUCAUGUUUCUCAAGGAAGGAACACCGAAAUCAUUGAAGGACGAAAUGAGUAAUUUGAUAUAUUAUGAGAUAACGCUCCAGCAGAAAUGGGAACAGAUAUUUGCUAGUGAGAAUAACAAUAGUCAAACUCAAGGCAACUCUGUGGCUGUGGAUGCUCUUGUUAAGAUAGAAGUGGUUAGAGUCGCCGGGAGGGAAGCUGUGAUUGAUGAGAGAAAUGUGGCUAACGGGUUUUUGUGGUUCAGGAGUUGUAGCAAUGUGGGAGAAGAAGCCAGUGUGGCGUUGGGUCUAGCAGUGAUUGAGAGAAUGAAGUGGGAGCAGGAAAGGGUAGGGUGGAUUGGGGAAACAUAUGGAAAGCAAAUGAGAAUAGAGAGAUUAGAGGGGUUUGGGGGAACAGGUGGGUGGAAGAGAUUUGGUUGUAAUGUUUUGGUGGAGAGUUUUGUGUUGAAACGACUGGAUGGAAGCUUGGUACUAACCUAUGAUUUCAUGCACACUCAUCAGAUCAGGAGCAAAUGGGAAUGAGAACUACUUUUGGAACAUUCAAAGGCAGGCCUACUUCACUCCCCCGUACGCUUAAAGUUGUGAUUUGUGUUAGUUGUUGAAGGAAAGAUUCCGUUUGUUUCUUUAUUAUCCUUCUUCAGAAUUGUGAACAUGAUGUAGAGAGCUGGAAGAUGGUUCCAUUUUUUUGUCACA